CUUUUCAACUUCAUGGAAGCGGCAAGUCCAAGGAUCCGUCGUCGGCCGGAGCGCAUGUCCCACCAUUCCUUCUCUGGAACGCAGCUUCCAGAGAGCCCAAGAGGUCCAAUGGAGUUCCUUUCAAGGUCAUGGAGUGCUUCAGCUCUCCAAGUCUCCAAUGCCGUUGCCUCUCAACAUCACCAUUCACUCACUAAUAUCACUCCUACUCCCAAGUCUACCAGCAGCUCUUCUUGCACCACCACUUCUAUACCCGAAGAAGUAAACGCCGAAACCGACGAGCUCGAUAAAACAACCGCUGUUUCCAAUCAGUUCUCUUUCACUUCUUCUGCUACUUCUACGUCACAGCUCGUUCUUGAACGCAUCUUGUCACAAUCGGAAGUGUCACCUUUAACUCCGGGGAGGCUCUCUCACAGCAGCGAACCUCUGGUUAAUGAUAAUAAUAGCCCUCCAGUUUCUCCAUCCGAGGAAUUCGACGAUGUCGUCAAGUAUUUCCGUACCCACAACUCCAUACAACCUUUAUUCAAUGGAGGCGGUCGCGCAAGUGCUGGUAAUGGCUCGAAUACACCCAAUGGGGGAAAGUCAGUAGGCAGAUGGUUAAAGGAAAGGAAAGAGAAAAAGAAAGAAGAAACCAGAGCUCACAAUGCACAGAUCCACGCUGCUAUAUCAGUCGCAGCAGUUGCCUCCGCCAUAGCAGCCAUUGCAGCGGCUUCUUCUUCCACCUCGGGAAAAAAUGAACAGUCAACGAAGACUGACAUGGCGGUGGCAUCGGCAUUAACAUUAGUAGCUGCGCAAUGCGUGGAGGCUGCCGAAGCAAUGGGAGCCGAAAGUGACCAUCUUGCUUCAGUUGUGAGCUCUGCUGUUAAUGUUCGUUCACCCGAUGAUAUAGUGACUCUUACAGCUGCUGCAGCUACAGCUUUACGUGGGGCAACGACCUUAAAGGCAAGAGCACUAAAGGAAGUAAGGAACGUUACGGCAGUUCUUCCGGCGGAGAAAGGAAUAAGCUUUGCUAAGAGCAAUAACGGGCAUUCAAACGGCAACUAUAGCGGUGAACUUGACCCCGGAGAGGAUUUCCUUAGUGCCUGUAAUCAAGAGCUAAUUGCCAAGGGUGGUGAACUUCUCAAAAGAACACGGAAAGGCGACUUGCACUGGAAAGUUGUCUCGGUUUACGUGGAUAAAGCAGGCCAGGUGAUAUUGAAGAUGAAGAGCAAGCAUAUUGCUGGGACUUUCACCAAAAGAACAAGAGUAAAUGUGGUUUUGGAGGUGUGCAAGGACAUGCCGGCAUGGCCAGGAAGACAUUUAUUCGACGACGGAGAACAGCGACUUUACUUUGGAUUGAAGACCGAAACAAGAGGGGUGGUAGAGUUUGAGUGCAGGAGUCAAAAAGAAUACCAUCUGUGGACUAGAGGCGUCUCGAGGCUACUGUCAAUUGCUGCUGAAAGGAAGCCCCGGCGACAAAGCUUAACUCCUUGGCCUCUUGGAGGCAAGAAUUUGGAGUAA